GUAAUAAGAUCUGCCUGGGUAAACCUGAUAGUGCUGGUCAAACUCGGCGGGGUCACUUACAGGCCUCGAUCAAAGCAGGUGGCAAACUGGGGAGAUCUGUUUGAUACAGCUAUUAUUUUAUAAAUCUGUAAUGCCAAAGUUUGAGUUCUCUGUCAUCUAAAAUCUGUCAGAUCACUCACAGCCCUGCUGUGUCUGUCACAAGGGAUAGUGACAUGUCCCUUAUUUACUAUAAAUGAGGUGAACCAGUUCUUCAAGUCCCCGUUGAUAUAUAUAAGCUCAGUUGCUCAUGACGUGUUCAGAUCACUAUUCUUCCAGGCUGACUUCAAUUUCUGCAAAAAACAACCCUCAACUGGAGUCUGCCAUGGCUUUACGCCCACGAGCUUCUUCCCAGCCUGGGAAACUGUCCUUCCUCCAGACCUCCAAGGCAAAUUCUCUCCUUCGACCGCGGGCUGUUUCCUCACGCUCCAGCUCCAUGCUGGAAGAGGAGCUGUCUUGUCCCGUCUGCUGUGAGAUCUUCAGGGAUCCCGUGGUGCUCAAGUGCAGCCACAGCUUCUGCCGGGCCUGUCUCCAGCAGUUCUGGAACAAGAAGAAGGCAAGGCGAGAGUGUCCCAUCUGCAGGAGGAAGUGCUCCCUGACGGAGCCCACGGUCAGCCUGGCUCUGAAGAACGUGGCCGACACCUUCCUGAGGGAGAAGGAGCGCCAAACGGACGGGACAGGGGCUGGCAGGACGGGCGAGGAGGCAGGGAUGGUGGAGGUGAAGUGCGACACACAUGGGGAAGUUGUCAAACUCUUCUGUCUGGAUGAUUUUGAAGUCCUGUGCUGCGUGUGUCACACCUCCAAGAAGCACCAGGGACACAGAGUAUGUCCACUGGAAGAAGGAGCUCAGGAUCUCAAGGCAGAGCUGAAGACAGAACUGAUUCCUCUAAAGAAAAACCUGCGUCGCCUGUAUGAAGCCAAGCAGGAGUGUGAUGACACAACUGUGCACAUCAAGUACCAAACUCAGGGCACGGAGAAGCAGAUCAGAGAAGAGUUUGAGCAGCUGAGGCAGUUUCUCCAGAAGGAGGAGGCAGCACGGUUAGCCGUCCUGCAGCAGGAGGACGAAGAGAAGAAAGAGCUGGUGAAGAAGAAGUCUGACAGCAUCACCAGAGAUAUCCUCACCUUCUCUCAUGCCGUCAUCGCCAUCGAGAAUGAGAUUGCAUCCAGUGAUGCCCUUUUCCUUCAGAAUUAUAUCAACACAAAGAAAAGAGCUCAGAUCCCGCAGAAGGAUCCAGAAAAAGUGUCAGGUGCUCUUAUAAAUGUGGCCAAGCAUGUCAGUUCCCUAAAGUACCGUGUGUGGGAGAAGAUGAUGGAGCUGAUUCAGUACACACCGAUCACCCUGGACCCAAACACCGCCUACUCCUGGUUGUCCCUCUCUGCAGACCUGACCAGCGUGGCCAACAGAGGCUCCCUGCUGAAGCUCCCGGACAAUCCAGAGCGUUUUGGCCACUUUGUGUUCGUGCUGGGUUCCGAGGGCUUUACUUCAGGUCGCCACGCCUGGGAGGUGGAGGUGGGCGACAAGGUGGACUGGAUGCUCGGGGUGGUCAAGGAGUCCAUUGACAGGAAAGGUCGCAUCUCAGGGUGUCCUGAGGGUGGCUUCUGGAUGAUCUCUCACUACGAGGGCGAGUACUCGGCCAUGACGAGGCCCAGCACCACGCUGCACUUGGUGGGCGAGCUGACACGAGUGAGGGUGCAGCUGGACUACGACGCCGGAGAGGUGGCCUUCUCCAACCCUGUCAGCAUGACGCCCAUCUACACCUUUACCGACUUCUUCACUGAGAAGAUGUACCCCUUCUUCUGCCCCGGAGCCAACAUCAACAACAACAAUCCCCGCCCUCUUAAAAUCUGCCCCGCCAAGGUGGCUGCAUGGAACAGUGCGACGUGGUGAUUUAAGAGUACCUUCCAGAGGACAUGAGCACAUUUCAAAUUAAGGAAAAUACCCUAAGGUGGAUCCAAUAUGAAAGCAGAUGAUGUGUGUAAAUGAACAUGAUACAAAUAGAGUAAUUACAACAAUAAUUGGUUUAUUUCACUUGGGCUCAUUUAGUGAUUAACUGCAGUUCACGAAACUCAAAGUGACAGUUUAAAGCUACCAGGGGAUGGACUUGCCAUCAUAAUCCAGGGAGGCUUCAUUCUGUUUCUGGGUCAGGAAGGCCAUGUGCACUCUGUGGAGCAUCAGCCUCCCCCUGGUGGCCACAGACACACAGAUACUACAGUGUCUCACACAAGUAUGUGAUUCUUAUCACUCUCAGCUAAAAAAACCACACAAUUCCAUGUAUGUUUUAAUUGAAGACAACCGAAAGACAGUAAAAGUGUAUAUACCGGGCUUUGCAAAAGUUCUGUUACACGGUUUCAUGAUCUUUAGAGACGUUUACAUGUCGGAGUGAAAAUUUCCAUUAAAUAAACUGAAAGUUCUACCUUAUAGGCAGGU